AUGGGGGUUAAUUUGACGAUUGAGAAAGAGUCUGGAGCAUUGAUAGCUAGCUUCCAUGUGAGGCCGAUUCUCAUUGAUAGAGUGCGGGAGGCACAAGAUGAAGAUGACUAUCUGAGACAAUUAAAAGAAGCAGUGAGUAAUGGCACUAGAACGGACUUUACUCUCAGAAGAGAUGGAGCCUUAAUGUUUGGAAAUAGAAUAUGUGCACCUAAUCUUCGUGAUAUUAAACGCGAAAUUUUGGAAGAGGCUUAUAGUUCUGCUUAUGUUAUGCAUCCUGGCGGGACAAAAAUGUACCGAACUUUAAAACCAUACUAUUGGUGGCGAAAUAUGAAGAGAGAAAUUGCAGCAUAUGUGAGUAGGUGCUUGGUGUGCCAACAGUGCCGUACUCCAUUGUGUUGGAAUGAAGUAGGAGAAAGAAAGCUCAUAGGCCCAGAGAUAGUACGGAUUACCACUGAAAAAGUUAAGUUGAUCAAGGAGAAACUCAGGGCAGCUCAAAGUAGACAGAAGAGUUAUGCGGAUAACCGCAGGAAAGACUUGGAGUUUCAAAAAGGUGAUUGGGUAUUCUUGAAAUUGUCCCCUUGGAAGGGCGUGGUAAGAUUUGGAAAGCGGGGAAAGCUCAGUCCUCGAUAUAUUGGACCUUUUAUGAUUAAAGAGCGAGUUGGCCCAGUUGCAUACAAAUUAAUACUACCUUUAAGGUUGUCAAAAAUUCAUGAUGUCUUCCACGUGUCCCUGCUCCGCAAGUAUAUUGCUGAUCCUGCUCAUGUCCUAGAAGAACAGCCUAUUCGUUUGAAGGAGGAUCUGACUUAUGAGGAGAAACCGAUCCAGAUACUCGAUAGAAGGGAGCAGGUCCUUAGAAACAAGACGAUACCUUUAGUUAAGGUACUGUGGAGUAAUCAUUUGGUGGAAGAAGCUACUUGGGAACCGGAAGACCUAAUGAGACGACAGUACCCCCAUUUGUUCUGA